AUGCCAGUACCAUCAUUUGAGCGUCUCGUACGAUUUUUACCAAAAUCUUCUGAGGAGGUACUCAUUGGUCAACCAGUAGACUUGGAGAUCGAUGUGGGAGCUGCAAUCAUUGCAGGAAAGGACGUGAAGGUCGAUGUAUACAGCGGAUCAUCAGUCUUAGAACCAGGCACUUCAACUGGAACCAUUAAAGAAAUUGGAAAACUUCUAUCUCCCCUUGCAGAGUCUGAAGUUGGCACAAUUAGAUGUAUUGGAUUGAAUUAUGUCCAACAUGCGCAUGAAGUCAAAAUGGCCAUCCCUGAUCUGCCAACCGUUUUCAUGAAGCCUUCGACCUCUCUCGCAGAUCCAUAUCCAUCCCCGACAGUUAUUCCAAAGUUUGCAUUGAAAGAUGAUUGCUGCGACUACGAAUCCGAGUUGGUAAUUGUGAUAGGAGAGAAGUGCAAGGACGUCAGCGAAGCAGACGCAUUGAAUUAUGUUUUGGGAUAUACAGCAGCAAAUGAUGUCAGCAGUCGUGCAAGUCAAUUCGCGCAAAGUCAAUGGUGCUUCAGCAAAAGUUUUGACGGUGCUUGCCCAAUAGGUCCAGUCCUGGUAUCCACGAAACUCAUCCCAGACCCAUCGAAACUUCGAGUCAGAGGUCUGAAGAACGGAAAGGUUAUGCAAGAUUGCGGAACAGAUGAUUUGAUUUUCCCCGUUGCGAAAAUUGUUUCUUUCCUCUCUCAAGGCACCACAAUUUUGCCAGGUACUAUAAUUCUGACCGGCACUCCAGCGGGUGUUGGUAAUAGUUUCACACCAAAGGAAUAUCUGAGGGAAGGAGAUUCAUUCUCGGUUGAGAUUUUACCAUACAUUGGGACUAUGAUGACCAAGUUUGAAUAUCAAAAGUAA